CAAUCGCCAACGUCGGUCGCUAUGGAAACGGAUAGCGGUUAGCCCUCUCCCUCAGAGUGGAGAUGGCAGCGGUUUGUAAUCUGCCUGAGAUUUAAGCUUCAAUUGCUUGGACUUGAAGGACGUUGACAGGCCCACGUCGGGACGACUGUGUUCAAUGAAGUCAUCAUUAGCUGCACCCAAGUGUCGAACUUCAGUGUGUAUUUCCACUAGACCCUCAGUUUCCAUUAGAACCCCAAGCAAUCCUGUUGCUCCCCCAGCUGCUAAGACGAAUAGUGAAGCAACAUCACAACGCAGAUGUUCACUCCUGACCAGAAAAGGUCCAGCACAAGGUUGCUCAAAAAAGCCACAGCCUGAAUUGGGGAAACAGACAGUUGCUACCAACAACUUGAAACCUCUUGAAAAACGAAUGCUAAGACAACCAAGUGCCUCCAUUGUCAAAAGUGGGCAAUUCAGCACAGGCUCUUCCAGUCUAAAUUCUACCCGAAAAUUGGAUACCAAAUUCAAAGUGGAUACACGGCCAAAAGAAAAUUCUUUGAAUGCAACAUAUUGUCUUCCAAGUUCUGACAGCAAAUAUAAAGGUCAAAUUCCUUUAAAAACAAAAGAUGUGGAUGUGAUAGUGCAACAAACCUUGCUUGACAUUAAUGUUUCUAAAAGUACCUCUGAACAGGAGCAAAUACAAUUAACCUGUUGCUCACUAUCCAUUAUGGAAUCAAGUAACUUGUCACACUUAUUCACCAGUGCUAUUGCAGAAGAAUGUAUACGUAUAGCUACUAAGUUAAAUGAUAAAAGCGAGCUAUGUCAUCUCCAUAUAGUUGAUGCAAUAAAUCCAGCUUCUGUGACUAAUGUUUCCAUGAUAAAUAAUGAACUUAUACCGUUGAACUGUUCAAUUGCCUCCCCAGCAAAAUUGCCACAAGAUGGCACCACUUCAGAAUUGCAAGAGGAAAACAGUAUCAACUGUCAACAAAUUCUCUCGGAAAUGGAAACUGAAGAUCCACCUGUUAAAACAAAUGACUUUACUGAGGCUGGAGCUCUGCCCGUGUUCCCUUCUGAAAACUUGAUCCAGUUAAAUGAAACGAUGUUGCAAAGUGACCUUAAUGACUGGGAAGUUGGUGUACUUAAGCAUGUUGUCUCUUCCAGUUAUAUGCAGAACAAGCUGCCCAUUGUAUUUAACUGUAUGCUAUCCUCAUCUAAAGUAGAGCUAAUCCAGUUGAAUGAAACAAUACCUGUGACAGAUCAUGUAAAUGUAGCCCUUAAUUUAUCAAAGCAUGAAAACCACAUUAGAAAUGACCAGAAGGUAACUAACUCAUUUAAUUGCACAGUGCAGUUAAAUGGUACCACAAUUGUGGAUAAUUUUAGAAAUAGAACUUUUAACUUUCUAUAUGAAGAUGAUGAGGGAUGUGACCUCAAUGUAACUAGCUCCUUUCAUUGCAAGAUGCCUCCAUCAACGAACGUAAUGGUACCAUUUCAUUGCACUGUGACUGUGGAUGACUGGAAAAAUGCAAUGUUUGCAGCAAAAUAUGAAGAUAGUUUUGAGACAGCUAGCAAAGCCUAUACUUUGUCUGGAUGCAAGUUACUUCAAUCAACAAACGACAAAGAGCAGUUACGUAGAAUUGUAACUGUCUUUGACUGCAAUGCUACAUUUGAUGCAUCAAAGCAUGAUAACAGUUUGGAAAAUGCCAAUAAAAUAACAAACUUGCCCCAUUGCCAGGUGCCUCUAUCACCAGGAGGCUCGAAUGAAGUCAGACUGACAUCUGAGAACUUUAAACUUGGGAGACAAUGUGUUAUGGAUUAUGGAUCAAUGUUAGACCAAGUGGAGACAGGUGGAAACAGUGGUAACUCAAAUUUGAUUCUGGAUUUGGGGAAAGCGGAUAGUUCUAUAGGUAUUGAAAAAAGAUCAGUUGAAGCAAAUGGAGGUGGUGAUUGUGAUUUCAGCUGUUCUGUAGGAUUACGUAAAGGGGUUUAUGGUUUAGAAAGAAGCCUACAUUUAAGAAACUCCUCCCAACAUGGAGAACAAAUUACUUGUGAACAGACAGACGUGAUUCAUGACAUAGUGAGUUCAGAAUGGGCUCCCAACUAUAUUUCUACUCCAUAUAUCAAAAGGAGGCGAAGUUUUCUAGAAUAUCAACAACUUGACCAAUCUAACCUGGUUUCUUCCGCCAUACUUCAGGAUGACAUGCAUGUUGGAGCAGAAGAGUCCCUGGAUGAACACAGAAGUUCUGGCACUGUUGCCAUUGAAACUAGUAGUGGAAAAAAUUCAAAUGUACCAAGAUCUGGACAGCAAUUAAGGCAAGCCAAAAUCAGAACUGAGAAUUCCUUGAAAUGUGUUGAUCUCCCAGGAGCCAGGAGGAAAAGUGUUAGUCAAGUACGUAAAUCUGGAAUGCAAAAAGACAUUAUACCUCCUGUUCAAAUCUGCAAAGUAGGUUGCUCUGUUGUGGACAGAGGAAGAAAGCCUUCAACGCAAUCAGUUGGUGUUUCAAAGACGUGCCUUCCAAAACCUCAUCAGGUUUCAAAAAAGCUGAGCAGUGGAAUAGGGUCUGGGCAAACUGCAGGAAAUAACAAGCUUUCAUCAUGCCACAUUGGAGUCAAUGCCAAUAUGACUCCUAAAGCCAAAUCUAAUCAACCUUUGGCUAAAAGUAUCUCAAAGAUACCUGGACUAAACAAAAGGUCUUCACUGAACUUGUCAAAAUUCAUUGUGCAAGAAACAAAAGCAAAUUUCAAACAGGCUUCUGCCUCUAGUAGAGGAGACAUCACUGCCAAAUAUCCAAGAUGUGAGAUGAAACCACGUUUGGGCAACUGUAAGCAGCAGAUGGGGAUGAAGAUUAAAACUACAGGUCUGGAAACCACAUGUAGAUCCAAGCAGGAACUUGAAGUGGCCAAGCUUCGGAGAAAAAACAAAGAGUUGGAGGAGAAGAUCACAAUGUUGGAGCAGGAAAAUGCUGCUCUUCGGCAGGGGAAAGAGAAUCUUGUACCUGUUCCAGAAGAAGGAUCCAAUAUCUAGUGCCUUAUGCAGAAAUGCCUGACCUUUGAAACAUUUUAAGUUUAAAAGGAUCUUGUCAUGAAUCUAACCAGCAUUCACAUAAUAUGAAAUUGCUCUGACAUCUUCAAUUUGACUGAAGACAAGUAAUUAACCAAAUGUACUUUUGUGGACAGAAGUCCUAAAUUGUCACCCAAUUCUUGAACUUUGUAAUCAUGUUUAAUUAUGACCUUAGCAUUGCUGGUUCUGAAUCUUGCAGUAUUAACUUUGAAAAUCAAGAUGCCUCAAUAUUUAAUCUCGCUUUCCACUGACUUGCUUGCACUUUUCUAUAUGAAUGUGUGUACAUUGUACUUCUGUAAAUUUUCUAAACAAAUAAAAUUU